AUGCUGUUCCCCUCUUCCGUUCUCAGCUGGGUAUUACCCCAGACUGCCGAGUUUUGCCCUUUUUGUUCCAGAUUCGGUUGGCUUGGGCCUGCCGAAGGCUUGGAGUCUACACCUACAAUGGAUCAUUUGGCUCCGGCAAUGGUUUUGGGCGUGGUUGUAUCCACCGUUUUUGAAUACAUGCUUCCGCAUUCCGGACCUGGUUGA